GGUAAUAAGCCUGCGGACGUCGGUUUUUUUACCGACCUCGCCUGGCGGUGACGUUUGUGACUUGCACGGAGACACACUCAUCGUCAAGUCUACCGACCGACGGCGACGCGACGGCCCACUCUGGUGGUUGAUCAUGGCCGACAUGGAUGUUGUUAUUGACAAUGAAUUGUUGAUCCAUUGUGUCCAAAUAAGGCCUGUUCUGUGGGACAAAACAUUGGAGAGUUUCAAAGAUCGGAACGCCACAAGAAAUGCGUGGCAUGCAGUUUGUCUCGGACUGCUGAAGGAUUUUGACAACCUGGAAGACAGCAAAAAGAAUGACUUUGGUAGUUAA